AUGUCUACAACAAAGCAACUGCAUCUUACCGCUUUCAUGCGGCCGGUGAGCCUGCACACCGGUGCCUGGAGAUAUCCAGGGGCAUUCCCAGACGCCAACUUCAAUCUAGGUCAUCUCAAGUCAUUUAUCAAGGCCCUGGAGGAUGCCAAAUUUGAUGCCUUCUUCUUGGCAGACCAUCUGGCUGUCCUCAAUAUGCCUGUCGAAGCGCUCAAGCGAAGCCAUACAGUGACGUCUUUCGAGCCUUUCACUCUGCUUUCGGCACUUUCGGUCGAAACAGAGAGAAUCGGGCUGGCAGCGACCGCUUCUACAACAUAUGAAGAGCCUUACCAUGUUGCCCGCCGCUUUGCUUCAUUGGAUCAUCUCAGCAAUGGCCGAGCAGCCUGGAAUAUUGUCACCACUGGAAACCCUGAAUCCUCGAAGAACUUCAGCCGCGACGAGCACAUGGAACAUAGCGACAGAUACAAGCGAGCCCGGGAGUUCUAUGACGUAGUGACUGGGCUUUGGGAUAGUUUUGCCGACGAUGCUUUUGUACGUGAUCAACAAACUGGUACCUACUUCGACCCGGAAAGGCUGCACGUUUUGAACCACAGGGGCAACGAAUUUCAAGUCAGAGGACCCCUCAACAUUGCUCGGCCUGUUCAAGGAUGGCCUGUGAUCGUCCAAGCCGGGCAGUCGGAACCCGGAAAGCAGCUCGCUGCUGAGACAGCAGAAGCCGUAUUCUGCUCGCCUCGCGAUCUAGCAUCUGCGAAGACUCUUUACGAAGACAUCAAGGGGCGGGCCACGGCCGCUGGUCGGGAACGUAGCCAUAUCAAGAUUUUGCCCGCUGCCUUUAUCGUCAUUGGAGAUACCAUCGAGGAGGCAAAGUCAAAGCGACUGAAGCUUGAUAGUCUGGUUCAUUAUGAUAGUGCCAUCGCAUCGUUGUCUAUCGCAUUGGGAUCUGACGCCUCUGGCUUUGAUCCGGAUGGACCGCUGCCGACAGAUAUUCCCGAUACCAAUGCUAGCAAGACUGGGCGGGCUGGCGUGUUGAAACUGGCACAGGAUGAGAACUUGACUGUACGGCAACUCGCUCAGCGUUAUGGCGGAUAUUCUGGGCUUGCUUUCGUUGGCACACCGGAGUCUGUGGCUGACGAGAUGCAAACUUGGCUUGCAGAAGAAGCUGCUGAUGGAUUCACCGUCGCUUUUCCCUUCUUGCCACAAGGGCUUGAGGAUGUCACACAACGCCUGAUUCCUGAAUUGCAGCGUCGUGGUAUCUUCCGACGUGAAUAUCAGGGGUCAACUUUGAGGGAGCAUCUCGGUCUUCCCAGACCAAGUAAUCGCUUUUUCACAUGA